AUGCUCCUAUCGCACAGUGUGAUUAUUGCUCCGUUUGUCAGUCCUUCAAUUACCCCCGUCCCCUACACUCAGGACAAGAAGGAAUUAGAGGGGGCAGGCUAUGUUUAUGUAUACAUCGUCGGUUUACCCGGUCUUCCAGGUGUGCCUGGAAAGCCGGGACCCAAAGGUGAGGGUGGAUACCCAGGGGAUAAAGGCUCUCAAGGACCAAUAGGAAUUCCAGGUCUGAUGGGACCAGCUGGACCGUUAGGUCCUCCUGGACUUCCGGGACACAGGGGUGAACCAGGGGCGCCGGGUAAACCAGGAUACCCUGGAGAAGGAAAAUCAGGCUUUCCAGGCCCCGUUGGCCCCCCUGGAAAACCAGGAGCCGGAGGCCUUCCAGGUCAACCAGGCCAACCAGGUCAGCCAGGACCACCAGGACCCCCUGGACCUCCUGCUCCCCCUCCAGACCUCUCGCAAAUUCUUCCUGAAGGUGGGUUGGAUGGCCAGAGGCAAGGCCCAUACAAGGGCAAAGGUAAGCCUGGGGUAGAACUCCUCGGCAGAGGUGGACUUGAGAUGCCAGCGUUCACAGCGCAGCUCACCAAACCUUUCCCCCCAUUUGGCACUCCGGUAGUCUUCGACAAAGUCCUGUAUAAUGGUCAGCAGAACUACAACCCACAAACGGGCAUCUUCACCUGCAAUGUUCCCGGGAUCUAUUACUUUGCUUACCACGUCCAUUGUAAGGGAGCCAAUGUUUGGGUUGCACUGUAUAGAAACAAUGAACCAGUAAUGUACACGUACGAUGAAUACAAAAAAGGCUUCCUGGAUCAAGCAUCCGGAAGUGCAGUACUGCCUCUGCAGGCAGGAGACACAGUGCACAUUCAGCUACCAUCUGACCAAGCAGCAGGACUCUAUGCUGGACAAUACGUCCAUUCGUCAUUCUCUGGAUAUUUAUUGUACCCCAUGUAAAAAAAAAAAAAAUGUAUGAAUUUUAAAGGGGGGAGGGCUGGCAAAAUGAUGCCAAUGUCUUUUCAGACCCAAAACAUUGAUGACGUCUUGGUGUGAAAUGUUGCCCUAUUUGAUUCAAUUUUGAGUGAAUGUGUUGGCAUAAAAGCAAAGCCAACUAUUACAGUGUUAAUAUACAUGUAUUAAAAACACUUGCAAGAUAUCACGCUUCCAACUACAGAUAAAAACAUGGUAUAAGAUGCAUUUAAAAAUUCACAUUGUUCAGUAUAAAAUUUUGAGUGCUGUUGGGAAGUAUUUGAUGCAUUUAUGUUAUUUGGGUUGGGGGUGGGGGGAAUGGCCAUUUUUGUCAGGGCAAUUGACAAGUACAUUUCGGUAGGUGGGUACAGCGACAGUCAUAUCAUAAUGGUCAUUUUUGGUUUCUUAGUAUUACUUUUUUACCCUGUAGUACAAGACUGUAAAGAUAUGGGCAAUAGAUAAACACUGUAUUUCGAAUUAACCUGUUUACCCAUUACUUAUACCAAAAACUACUCACACAUUUCUCUGGUCUGUGCUGUAGUAUUUAAAAAUAACAAAAUGGCCAUAUUACAGUUUAUCGUCACACACCUUUGGAGAUCAACCACUGGCAUCUCAUAAACAUCACAUUUUCAUUUUAUGGCAGUUUGCAAUGUUAAUGCAUGUAACAUUUAAAUUUCAAAACUCAUAUCCAUACAUACAGUAUACUACUUGUGACUUUUUAAGAAAUCAUAUCUUUCACUGUCUAUGAGGACCUCAACCUGAGCUUACUGCAACUAGUAUAGUAGUGGUUUGCAAACUUGCCUCAAGGUUCAUUAUGUGUAACAAUAUGAGAAAUAAUCUAAUGACUACACAUAAAUAUGUAUAUGUGUUCAUAAGACAUGUUUGUGCGUUUGUAAUGUUUAUUACAAGGGAGUAAUGUUCAAAGCAAAACACCUAAAUGAAAGUGAAAUCCUAUGAAUGAAGGAUUUAAGACUUAGGUAGAUUUCAAAUGCUUUACAGUCUGUAUUAUUCUUUGUAAUUUAUUUGUUUUACUACUGAGUGCCUACAUUUGUAUAUGUGCUAUGGAUAUGAAGGGAAAUUAACAUGAUUUUGUAACAAUGGUGCUGAACAUUUGUUCAAAAACUGAACUUAUUUCAAUGUUUCUACAAAACUAUUUUUUCAAAAUAAAGGUAAAUGAAUUACA